AUGUACAACAAUACUGCUAACAAUGGUGAUGACAGUGGUGAGAAUGUUGCUAGUAGCAUUUGGAUUUCUGGCUUGAAGAAGCAGCAAAAACGUCCAAAAAUUCCAAAAAGAGGACCUGGAGUGGCUGAACUUGAGAAGAUUUUGAGAGAUCAAGAAAGCAUAGACAUGACUGACACCAAAAACUCCAAAGAAAUUCGUGGAAAUCAAUAUGAAUCUGUCAAUUUUAUGACCAGAAAUUUAUCCAAUGAAUUCAAUCCUGUUUUAUCUUAUCCCGGAACUAAUCAAGAGAGAAACAACCAGCAUUCACCUUCUAUGGUGAAACAAUUUCUUGAGAGACCUACUUCAUCCAGAUCAUUAUCAAUUGGACUUCAGAAUCACUUUGAGCAACCUUCAAUUCAAAGUUCAUAUUACAAUUCAGAAGAAUACAAAGCUGCACCAAUCAUCCACCAAGGAGUCCUACAGGCAAACCCUUUAAUCAUCACUAAAACACUAAAUUUUGCCUUCUCUGUUUAUAGUUUCUUCUUGUGUUACAAAAUUAUCUUGGUCUUUCUCAGGGAUGCCCAAUGGGGGAGAACUUUGCAGCUCAAUAACACAAAGUACAAUUCAGACAUUACAGUGCCUCAUGAAGAUUUCCCACCAUUUACUACUCCUGAAGUUCCUGCACCUCCUAUGCAUUUGUUUCCUGCUGCUCUUUCCAAAGGGAAUGUGCUCCCUCGCCAAGUUACUGAAGAGAAAGUGGAGUCAUACCAUUCAGAAUCAAGUGGACCAGAUGAUAGACCUUUCUAUAACUUCUUAGGAUUGGAGGACUCAGAGGGGCUGAUAGAUAGUGCAAAUAGUGGGGGACGUGAAAAAGGAAGAGUUGGAAUUGAUCUAAACUUGAAGCUCUGA